AUGUUCACGUUCAACGAUAUGUUGAAUAAUACGGUAGAUGUGCAAGGGUUCAGCCAUCGGAGCCGCGAGAAGUUAGAGAUGUGCCACAACAAGAUGACGCACAAGCUCAUCUUUGGAUCUGAGUGCUGCUUCUGCAACACGAUGCGUGACGGCUUCGAAGUGUCUCCGGCCUUCGGGCAGUUCGACCUGAGUGGCUGUCCCAAGGCAGCGGCCUUCUGGUACUGGACGCAGUGGCUGCUGACGGUUCUGGACGAGCCAAACCAUACGUUCCUCACACACGGCUCACAUGAAGUCUUCUUCGUCGAGUCGUGGGAGAGCCCAGAUUGCUUCGACGAGACGCGCGGCCACAAGACCAGGAGCAUCCACGCGUACACCUCUGCCCCGAACGUGGAGCUGCUCGUGAACGCCAUCUCCCAGGCGCUGGACGGCGAGGGCGCGGUCGCCUCCCCCGCGGCCCGCCGCACCCUGGGAGGCCCGGCUGCGGCGCUGCUGCCGACCAUCGGCGCGCCCAGCCACUUCACGGGCACCUUCGACGCGCUGCUCCUGGACGGCCAGGCAGCGGCGCUCCCGCGCGCCUCCGUGGUCGACGCCGAGGGCACCGUGGGCGUGCACGAUGGCGGCCCGCAGUGCUACGAGCCCAACGACGCGCCCUGGCGUUCGGCCGACCACGGGCUCGUGCGCGCGGGGCUGCGCGCCACCGGCGCGGCCGCCCGCCUGGCCGCCGAGUGGGGGCUGCCCUCCAGGAUCGACGCGGGCGGGCCGAGGGCGGCAUUCCCCGUGCCCAGCCGCCCCGCACGGAGCCGAUCGUCGUGCUCGCCAGGCCUCCACCGGGUGACCGUGUCCAUCCCCGUGUCGGUGGAUGCCGCCGAGAGCGGCGUCAUGGCCGACGGCGAGGGCUGCACGGAAGGGGAGGAUAUGCGGCGCUACCUGCAGCCGGGCCUUCUGCAGACGGCGGUCGGCCUCAGUCCACCGGCCGUCGCUCCCUCACCGUCUGCUGCCGGCGCCGUGGCCGCGGCGGCGGGCGACGCGAUCGGCGGCCACGCACCCGUGCCCAACCCGCAGCCGGUGAUGCUCGGCCUCAGCCUGUGGCUCGGCCGCGGGCGCGCCAGCUACGCCGUGGCCCUCGGCGUGGGCAGCACCUCGGCGGGGGCCCUGCUGGCCGGCGCGCUCGCACUGCUCAUCGCCUGCAUGGCCUGCUGCUGCCUCGCCCAGCGGCGGGGCCCGGGCGCGGGCGCGCCGCCCUGGGCCGACGCGGAGCCCUCCGCGGGGAAGCUGCUGAGCCAGCAGGGCCCCGCGCACGCCGGAUGCCGUCGGCAGGGGCGCGCGGGCGGCGAGAAGCCCGGGGCCUCCCAGCGCCACCUCCCGGCCUCCGCGGCGUCGCUGCCGGGCGCGCUGCCCACCACCAGGGGGUCGCACGCCGCGCCCGGCGGAGGCGGCGCCGUGCCGGUGCUCUGCCAGGCGCUGCUGCUGCCCAGCAUGGAGUCGCGGUUCUGCGUCGCCGUGGAGGCCCUGCAGCGGGGCUUCCGCCGCGGGGGGCUGGACAUCAUGGGCACGUCCGGGAAGAAGCUGCUGGAGCUGGUGAUGCAAGACCCUGGCGGGAGGAGGCAGCUGCAGAUCUGCUCGGUGGGGUCUCACGAGCCUCGUGUGAUCGUUGAGGUCCACACGCGGGGCAGCAUGAAGAUAUACGGACACGGCAGAACCUUUUUCGCCACCCUGGAGGCCGGCAGCAGCCCCAACGAGUGCGUCCUCGUCCACGACGGGGAGGCCAAGGUGAGGCUGCUGGCCGAGCCGGGCCCAGAGAUGCAGUUUCACGUCAUCACGGCCGACGGCCAGCACCUCGCAGCGGCCGGGCGCUCCGGCACCCUCUGGAUGCUCAGGGUGAAGCCGAAUACGGACGCGAUCCUCAUCGCCUCGUGCGUGUUGUCGAUGAUCGUCUUCGGCUCUGGCGUCGACCGAUCGGGCCGCCCUUCGGUCGAGCCGCACCAGAUGGGCAGGCUGCGGCGGCGAGGCUGCGCGGCGGGGCGCGGCUGCUCGGCCUGGGGAGUGAAGCGGCCCGGCGUGCGGCUCGCGGCGGCCGCCGGGGCCCGCGCUGCGGCGCGCCGCGGGCUGGCGCUCGCGCCGCGCGGCGGCGCGCGCCGCGCUCGCGCCGCCGAGAGGCUGCCGCGGGGCCGCCCCGCGGGGCAGGCAGCACGCAGGCGCGCGGAGCUGCCCGCGGCGGGCGCCGCAGGGCACGAGAGGCGCUCCAGCAGGGCGCGGGCGCGGCAGCAGGGCGCGGGCGCGGCAGCGUGCGCGGCCCACCGCGCGCGGGCCGGGCGUGGCACGCGGCCGAGCGGGAGGUCCGCCCCCUCUGGCGGGCGCCUGCGGGACGCCGCCGCCCCGCCCGCCGCUCCGCCGACGGCCCCCGCCGAGGGGGCACCCCGCUCCGAGAAGGGCCCCCUCUGCGCCAUCUGCCUCGAGGAGGCGCCCACUGCGGGGCGCGGCGCGCUGGCCCUCGCGUGCGGCCACGUGUUCCACGCCGCGUGCAUGAGGCAGUGGGUCGCCAGGUCGCCGACCUGCCCGAUGUGCAAGGGCCCCGUCGCCGAGGAGGGCAUCAGCCUGAGGCGCAAGUUCACUUGGCCGGAGUCGUUCACGGCCAGCCACGAUGCGCCCGACGUCUCGUUGGAGGCACCACCAGAACCCUUUCGUGGGCACGCACUGUCUGGAACUAUGAUGGGCUUCUUCUGGCAGGCUGGUGCCAGCGUUCCUGCGUGA